ACACUUUCUCCUUCUCACUCUUCAAUGUUAUUUAAUUAAUCAAGGAGUUGACAAGAUUCGAUUUUAUCAAUUGUUUAAUUCCAUAAAAUUACUUUAUCAUCUAUGUUCAUACGAUCACAUGAUAAAUUUUGUUACUUUACCAAUUCUUGGCUCUACCCUAUAUUUGGUUUGGGUGCCAUUUGCUCUACCCAUAUUGUCAUGGAAGUCAAGGCAGAAAGCAGCGUCAGUUCUGUAUUUGGAGGAGAUGAUCUUGAAGAGCUUAGCAGUGAGUGUCAAGAACUUUUCCAAACCCUGCCUAGAGAGAGAAACUGGGAUGGCACCUAUAUUUAUCAAUAUCAAGGCUUUUGGUUCCGUGCCAGGACCCUUCAGAGCAUCAUCUCCUUCCAAAGACACUUCCAAGCAGAAGACAGUGAUGUGUUAGUAAUCAGUCCUCAAAAAUCAGGCACCACAUGGCUCAAGGCCCUCACCUUUGCCAUUAUAAACCGAAACCAGAGCGCCUUCUCGCAGAGCCCAUUGCUCACUAGCAACCCUCACGAUCUUGUACGUUUCUUGGAGUUUGAUCUUUAUUUCAUGAAAAAAGAGGGUCCUAAUCUCCAAGACCUUCCUCGCCCAAGAUUGUUAGCAACCCAUACGCCAUGUUCGAUGUUGCCGUCAUCCAUUAAAGAUUCAGAGUGUCGAAUUGUCUAUAUAUGUCGAAAUCCACUGGACAGGUUCGUCUCAAUCUGGCAUUUCGUGAACACCAUUCCAACUCAGCCUCUCAAUCCAACCUCCCUAGACCAUGGGUUGGAGAUGUUUUGCCGGGGUGUAGAGUCAUUUGGACCCUACUGGGACCAUGUGCUGGAGUACUGGAAGAUGAGCAGGGAGAGGCCAGACAAGGUGCUGUUUCUGAAAUAUGAAGAUCUCAAGGAGGAUAUCAGUACCCACAUCAAAAGGUUAGCGCACUUCUUGGGCUUUCCUUUUUCUGAGGAGGAAGAGAGAGUGGGGAUUAUAGAGGAAAUAUCAAGGUUGUGUAGUCUUCAAAGUCUUAAAAAUUUGAUGGUGAACAAGACUGGAAAACGCCCCUGCGGAUUUAAAAACUCGGCGCACUUUAGGAAAGGCGAAGUGGGAGAUUGGGUGAGUUAUGUGACACCUGCCAUGGCAGAACGGAUUAGGAUUCUCAUGGAAGAAAAACUCAGAGGCUCUGGGUUAUCCUUUAAAAUGUCUUAUGAUUUCAUAGGGGAGGGCGGUUGAUGCCACUAGUGUUCUUCUGCAAACUGAUGGCAACGUUUACAUCCAUCUUUCCAUCUACAAUCAUUGAGUAUGUUUCCAUUAUUCACCCUUGUUUUAGACUUGAAUGCAAUGGUUGUAACCUUCAGUAUUCAUUUUCUUGUGAGUAAUUAAGAACCAUGCUAUAUCUUGGUUUACUUUU